GUUGAAUUAAUUCCCAUAUACAACCGCAAGCAAGAUCUGCUAUAUUACGCAAACUUUCUAAAAUCUUGAUUGAGAUGGCUUUGAGUGAUAGAUUCGGGCUGUCCCGGGACAUGGAAGACAAUAGCCGAGUCAACCUUCAGCACUACCUCUGGGUAAAACAGUUCGGCUACCUCCUCCACCCCGACAUUCCUACGGAUGAUAAGCACCUGCGAGUCGCAGAUAUCGGAACCCACACGGGGAUUUGGUUGACUCAUUUAGCAGAAACUCUGCCCCCCUCUGCCCGUCUUGAUGGCUUCGAUAUUACACUCGACGCAACGCCGCCUGCCAAAUGGCUGGCCCCUAACAUCACAUUCCAGCACUGGGACGUCCGUACCGAACCCGCCCGCGAAUGGAUCGGUAUAUACGACGUGGUGCAUCUUCGAAUUUUCUCGCUAUACAUCAACGAGAGCCAGGCUGUUGGUGUUCUCGCAAGACUGAAGAAGCUUCUCAAACCCGGCGGCUACCUCGAAUGGGGCGAAACCGACAUGGCCUCCUGGAGAAUCGAGAAGAGCAACCCAGCCAACAAAGUCGACUCCCUGACCGAGCUUUUUAGACGCGCCAGGAGCGAGUUGCCGACGAGCUGGUGCGCCAAACUCCCGGGCAUGUUCCUGCAGGAAGGUUUCGAGAAUGUGAAGUCCGAUGUGCGCGACACGCCACCUCACUUGCUGAUGCCCCUGCACGACAGCAGCAUCCUCUUCCUGUCGACCUGGAUAAAUAGGCUUAUAUCCAACACGGAGGAAAAGGCGAAGCUCAGGCUCCUGAUACAGCAGGCUGACAGGGAGGCCCUUCAUGGCUCUGUGUGGGUGUUCACCAGGCCGAUCGUUAUUGGUAGGAAGCCUUUAGGCGGGCUGGGUGCGGAUGGGUCCGCAUCGAUACCAGAUGGCGGAGCAACCCAUCCGCAUGGACACUUGUUUUUCCCGUUUUAAUCUCCGUUGUUGUUUUCCAAGG